GCGCGCGUGUCCGCGCCCAGCCUGCCGCCACGAGUGUGCCCCGACCUGGAGCAGCAGAGCCCGACGUGGGCGGCCAUGCUGCCCGACGGCUGCGCGCUCGCGGGGGACGUGGUCAGCUUCUGGGUGGACCCCCGCGGCCGGCUCUUCGCCAGGGUCAACGCGGGCCCCCGGCUCCUGCUGCGCAAGGGCGUGCUCACGGGCGCCCCGCUCUGGGCCGUGAUGGACGUGUACGGGACCACCAAGGCCAUCGAGCUGCUGGAUACCACAGCCAGCCGAUUCCCCACACCCGUGCCCACGGUCCUCAGUGAGAAGGCUGUGCCUGGGUCUGAAGCCACACCAGGAGAGGAGUGCGUCAUAUGCUUCUACCAUGCUGCCAACACCUGCUUUGUCCCCUGUGGCCAUGCACACUUCUGCAGCUACUGUGCCUGGAGGGUCUUAACAGACACGGCCAAGUGCCCUGUGUGUCGCUGGCAGAUUGAGGCGUUGGCCCUGGAGCAGGGCCCUCCUGCUCUGCGGACUGGGGAAGACUCAUGAGAGAAGGCCUCCUGGUGCAGGUGGCAGAUAGGGCCUAGACGUGAGCCCAGCCGGGUGGAGGGAGCAGGUGCAGCCCUGCCCUCUUUCUGGAGAAGAGUCGGAAAACUGGGGCAGCCACAGGCGCCGCAGGGAGAAGAGGGCGAGGGGGCAAUGGCUGCUCCCCUCCGUCCCCAACAGGGGGUUGGGUUGGGGCCAGUGGAGCAAGGAGAAGCCCCUCUUUCUGCCCACAUCAGCAUGAUCCCCCUGAAGAGGUUGAGAGAGAGGGAGACUGGUCCCUCUUUUCCUAGCCGAGGGAGUUAAGGUUUCUGCCCAUGUCUGGUGGAAGCCCUGCGUACCAGGUGUUGAAGAGCCUGCAGCAGAAGUAGGGAGGUGUGUAGGUGAGGGGUUAACAGUUCCGUGUGAAAGCUUGCUCACCUCCAACAAGUCCCCUGUGAAGUGUUCUGGAGUUGCCAGCCCUGCCUACCUUUCGGAAUGGUUGUGAGGUCCCAAUGAGAUCAUGCAUCUGAAGAGGACUUAACACUUGAAAGUGCACUGUUGUGGUGGUGGUGAUUUCCUUGCCAAUUUUUGAGAUAUCAAAAUAAAGUUUAUCUUUCAUGAA